UUCUUCGUUGUACGGCUGUGUUCUUGAAUUGAACGGCGUAGCUGUCCCUGGCCUGGAAUUCUGCCAACUCAUUGAUUUGCUAAGUGUAAUAAUUAUUGAAAUAUACAUCGCAAAACCUAAGUCUAAAAUCCACGUCUCUGUCAGAAUUACACUAUUAUAGUAAAAGUAAACAAUUUCCAAAUUGAAUUAACACUUAUUAUUAAGUGUAUAUAUAUUACCCAUAUAUGUAGUAUAUAUACACAUUUAGUUUUAAUCGUGAUAUAAGACGAUUAUAUUUUUUUAUAUUGUGUAAAGUAAUCUAUCUGAACUGAUAUAACUUAUAACUAAUAGUGAUUGUAGACGUGCUUGUAACCAAGUACGACGCAUUAUGUACCGCCAUGUUGCGUCGCAAUAGGGUGUGGCGUUUCUUUGUGCAGUUUUCUAUCGUGUCAUAUGUCGCAACUUUAUGAAUAAAAAUGCCACGCAUUGAUCCAAUUAAAUUGCUGGAAUGCCUCAGUAUACUUCUUUCACCCACUGGUGGAAUCAAAAGCAGAGGUGAAGUUGAGAGACUAGCAAACUUGAUGACCAAAUUCUCUAAGAAGUUGGUAUCAAAAUGUAUAUACAUACAAAUUUUAAAAUGUACUGAUAUUGAAAUACUACGUAUGUUCAUGGGCUCUGGUGGUUGGCUGUUAGUACACAUGUGGUUAACCGAAGGCAUAGUAGCUAAAAAUUGGCCACUUGUUAGAGAAUUACUGGAACUGUUAUUAUUAUGCCCAGUAGACAUAGAGCGGUUGAAAACUAAUAAUUGCCCAAAACUAGUAAAGGAGUUGUCAAAGGAUGGUAAUCAUUUUGCUAUUAGAGCCCUCGCUUCUAAAUUGGUUGAACAGUGGCUCAAAACUGUGAAGGGAGAACAAGUAGAACCUAUUUUACUGUCCGACAUUGCUAAAAUUAUAUCUGAAUCGGAAUUUGCAAAUAACUCUGUUUCUAUAAAAAAUGAGGAUAAUUCCGAAAUUAAGAUUAAAGCUAUAUCCGACGCUGAAAAUACCGUACUUCCAGCAGAUAAUGAAAUACUUAUAGCUGCCAAAUCUGAUGUAACCACGAAUACUAAUGCAAUUAAAAGAGAGAAAGAUAUUAAAAAUAAAGACGAAGAAGCGGAAGAUCAAAAUUUACCCGUUUUAAAGAUUUCUUUAAAAGAAGGCAAGCAAGUUAUAUCACAGGUGGAUGAUGCUGGGAGUAGACUAUCUGAUGGAUCCUCCGAUACAGAAAAAUCAAAAGACAAAAGUAAAACUAGAAGUAAAGAAAGAUCUUCUAGCAGAAGCAGCAGCAGUAGUUCUAAAUCUAAUUCAUCAAAACAUUCUAGUAAAUCGCGUUCAUCGUCGAGUGAUAAACAUAAGAGUAGUAGUAAUCAUAAAAGCAGUAGUUCAAGCAGGCAUAGUAGUAAAGAUAGAUCGAAGGACAAGGAAAAAGACAAACAUAAAAAUUCCUCUCAUAGUUCGAAAUCUAAAAGUGAUAGUAUUGGUAAGAAAACUAAUGAUAAAUCUAGUUCUUCUGUUAAGUCUAAAGAUGACAAGAACGGUAAAAUAGUACUCAAUAGCGAUAUAAACAAGGUGAAACUUGAAAAGGAAAAAGAGGUACCAAAAUUAUCUACGGAAAAGACUGAAGACAAACCUUUAUCUCCAUCUAUACAAAAAUUAGGAAAAAUACCAAAAUUGAGUGAUGUAAAAAAGGAAAAACCAUCAAUAUCAAUUGAAGUUAGAAAACCAGAUGACCCUAAACCUAAAACAGUAAAAACUUUUCAUUCCAAAUUUAGGAGACAUGGAUUGGAAGAAGAGGUUAAACCUCCUCCAUCACGCGCAGCCCUAUUAAAUAAAAAGGUCACACCUGUUCUACCACCCACAAUACAAAUACCUAAAAGACCAUCACCUGUACAUAAUGAAAAUCCACCAGAAAAGAAGCCUAAGACUGUCGAAACAAUUGAAUCGAAACCUGGUUCUAUAAAACUAAUACCUCCUAAACCAAAACCAAUGAUGUUACUAGAAAGUGACAUGUUCAUGGAUGCACUAAAUGCUUCAGCAACAAACAAAAAGGAACCCAAAAAAAGGAAAAGACGCACAAGUGGAUCCAAAGACGGAAAUGCUGCUAGUGAUGGAUCUCCGCCUCAUACUCCCACGUCGAUAACCAGUCCGAAUAGUGAUGGUAAAUCUGUACCGCCUCGGUUUUAUCAAGAUACUUUAGAUACGGAAGAAACUAAAGAAAAAUCUGAUCAUAAUGAAAAUAAUGAAAGUGACGAUAUCGUGACGAAAAAUGAAAAGGAAGACGAAGAAAUGGAUACUUCAGAACCUCAUACUAUGAUAAUUAAUGGGUUAAAGGGUGUUUUAUGCUAUCAUAAAAGAAAAGGCCCUAAGAAAAGCAUUAAAUGGAAACCCGAUUCUGAAUUGGAGGAAAUUCAAUAUUUUGAACUCGAUGAAACAGAAAGAGUUAAUGUAACCAAACCUUUCACAGACAUGAAAUACUUGGAAAGAAUUCACGAAAGAGAAGCUUUCCAAAAAGGCAGAAAUCUUAGUAAUGAUGAUGUAAUGGAAGAAAAAACUAUUUGGAGGCCACUAAUCCCUAUUGAUACUGAGGGACAAAUUCAAGUAGAAUAUGGCAAAAAUAGCAAGGAGAAAGAUAUUCAAGCCAUUCGGCAAAAAGGAACACUACAGCCACUUUAUUUCCAUAAAUCAAUGAUUCCCGAUUCUCCAUUUGAACCAGAACCUGAAACUCACCCCUAUUCUGAACCUACAAUAAUUCCUUUAGAAGAUGUAACUGGUAAUCAAGAUAAUGUGAGUGACUUUCGUAACAUGCCAUGGCCUGAGCCAAAAGGUAAUGUUCCUCCAGCAUCAACGACCACAACCGUCCAGUCUAUGUUCCCAACAAAUAUGGGCCAAUUUCCCGCUAAUUUUCCAAAUGGACAAUUUCCUGUUCCUGGAUUUCAAGGACCCAACCUGGGACCAGGUGAGUGGCCAAAUGGGAUUCCGCCUCAUAAUAUGUUACCACCAAUGCCAACGUCACUGCCUCCUGUAAUGCCGCCUGCAAAUCUACCGCCUGGUAUGAUAAUUCCUCCUGAAAAUAUGAUGAUGGGACCUGAAAUGUUCGGUGGCCCUAAUCCAAUGUUUCCUGUUCCACCUGAUCAAUUUAAUAUUCAACAGAAUAUGUUUCCAGUCGAUUUUAACAUGCCAGGACCACAAGGUCCUCCCGGUCCAGAUGGAUUUUCGAGUCCCGGAAAUUUCAGGGGCGCGAUGCGUGGACGUGUUUCGGGUGGACACUGGCGCGGGAAAAAUUCAGGAAAUUGGGAAGGUCCACAAAGAGGUCGUGGGGCCCACUCCAGAGGAGGACGAAAAGCUGUUUGUAUAUACUUUCAAAGAAAAGGUUCCUGUCGCCAAGGCGACAACUGUACAUUCUUACACCCCGGUGUCAAUUGUCCGUUUUAAUGACGUUUAUUUGGCAACUUAAAAUAUGCUUGCAGUUUUGUACGUUUAUCAUAUUUUUUAAGGAUUUAUGCUUUAAAAGUUAAUAAUUAUUGUUUAGAGUUAGAUACUCAAAAGACUGUUAAAUGUAAAUAAAUUUAUAAAAAUGUAAAUAUUGUACAAAAUAUAUGUAAAAAAGAAACAAAAGUGG